CACACCACUCUCCCUGCCCUACCUCCUCCCUAGACUCCACACCACUCUCCCUGCCCUACCUCCUCCCUAGACUCCACACCACUCUCCCUGCCCUACCUCCUCCCUAGACUCCACACCACUCUCCCUACUCUUGAUGGAUUAUGGCGGGCCUGUCCCAGAGAUUGACGGCUCUGCCGCUGGUGAGUUGUGGAUUGAUGGACAGAAUGAAGUACGGUUGAUCUGACAUUAACCUCCACUGAUGCGAGGUCAGCUUGCAAGCCAACCCUGGGCUCAACGACAGUACGGAUCAAAUGGCACAUAUCUGCUCCAGGACCAGCCCUGGAGUCCACUGGGGAUUCCACUGUGGACACUGGCGAUGAUUCUGAUUCUGUUCUGAGGUCAGAUGCUACUCCAUCAGCCCUCUUUGAACCCGUCCACAUGUUCACACUUCACCUCUAGAGAGAUCUGGACUCGAAUCAAUACGGGGUUUGUUUCAUUUAAAGGCCAAGAAAAUUCAAUUGAAUAAUGAACUUGUAUCCAAGGACAAUUUAGUUUGUUAAUCUCAAACAAAAAUACAGGAUUAUUAUUUUCAGAUUGUGACUUUCCGUUUGGUCUCAGUUUGAUGAAGGUUAUUUUGACAGAUGAGAAAAUAACAGCCUGGUUGUAGGAUGAUGGGGCCAGUGAAUUAUACAGUUGGAUCACAACUGCCUUAGCUUCCAAUUGAACCUUUGCAAACGCAUGACUCCAUAAGCAGCAUCACUACCACAAUAUAGAAAUACUCCUUUUGAGCCUCUACUGCUCCAAAUCUAACACAUUUGCUUUCAUAAAUCCCAAAUAAUGAAGGACCAAAAAAUACCAAAUGUAAGACAUCUUACUCAGAAUGUUUUAUUUUCACUGCUAAGUGUCCCUGUUGAUAAGCUCUAUAGAAGCUAAACUAUCCACACACAAUCAAAAGAACUACACAUUAACCAUCACAGAGAGUUCAACCUGGUCUCAGAGAAUAUCGUAUUAUUCUGUAUGCAAAAAGGAGACACUCCAUUUAGUAUGAUAUGUUAUGUUUUUCUUAUGGUAAGUAUUCAUUUGUGGAUGUCCAUCACCCAUUUUGUAUGAUAUGUUACGAAUUACAAUUCCUAUUCUAUGUUGCCAAUUUGCAAAACAUACAAUCUGUUACGAAUUUGCAAAAUGUAAAAUAAGUUCUGAAUUUACAAAACAUACAUUAUGUUACGAAUUUGCAAAAUUCUAUGAAUUCUAGCCAGGUGGCUAACGUUAGCUAACUGCUAACAUUAGCUAGGCUAGGGGUUAGGGUUAAGUUGAGGAGUUAGGUUAAAGGCUUAAGGUCAGGGUUAGUUAAAAGGGUUACGGUUAGGGGAAGGGUUAGCUGACAUGCUAAGUAGUUACAAAGUUGCUAAAAAGUAGUAAGUAGUUGAAAAGUAGUUGAUAUAUAUAUGAUGACAUUCGAACUCGCAACCUUUGGGUUGCUAGACGAUCACAUUAUACACCCGACCAACCAUCCUAUCUUAUGUAACCAUACCAAACGUAACAUAUCAUACUAAUUUAAGUGUCCCAGAUUUACAUUUACUAUGUUAUGUCUAGUCUAUGACACCAGGCUGGAGAAUUUGCAGAUGAUUGUUUCUCCUAUCAUGAUCUUCUAGCACCCCCACCCUUUCUCAACGAUAAACAUACUUUUUCACACGUUUUUUUUCUUGCAGUCGGCGAAAGACUCCCAUAGCCUUGGGCUAAAACCUCAUGAUCCACCUGCUCCGUCACAAGCCCAGCACCAAAUGUAACAAGCACCACAAAGUUGGACAGCAACUCAAGUUUCAAGUUUAACAUUUUAAUGUCACGUGUACAAGUACAGUGAAAUGCCUUUCUUUCAAGAUCUAAACCCAACAAUGCAGGAAUCAAUCAGAAUGUAAUACUAAAAAUAACAAGGUGGAACAAAACCACAUGAGAUAUAAAAAUAAGUAACUAUAUACAGGGUCAGUUCCAGUACCAUGUUGACAAUGUGCAGGGAUACUGGAGUGAUAGAGGUAGGGGUAAGGUGACUAGGCAUCAGAAUAUAAUACUCAGCGUUCUUUUUAGAUGGUAUAACAUUUUGGGGUGACUAACCUCGUAAAAUUACCAUAGCCUUUGAUUGGGCAUCAGAUGUAGAGUUGAAAGCCCUUAACGGCACAAUAAACAUUGUAGAUAUUUUGUUAGUUAAACCCACAUUAUGAAGUAGUGGUUCAGCGAAAUCUCCAGGCCCAUCUAGAAGCCAAGCAGUUAGUUAGGGCUGAAUACUAACUUGUGAUUUUUUGUUUUUAUCUCAUUGACGUCAGUGCAUGAUUUACUCAAAAGUUCAAGUUUAAGUGCAUAAAAAGUUAGGAUUCGUCUCUAGGUGAACAGUGGAAAAAUCACUCUCCUGAUAAAAAUAGUAAAGAUGUAGCCAAGAUUAGGCAGAUGGCAAACACCAAAACCCCAAACGAAGGUCAGCUGCCAUAAUAUAUUAAUACCAGAUUACAUCACCACCUUCAAGGACCACCUGUCAACAUCACCAGUGAACAAGAGGGCAGUAGAUGCUGUAUCUCUAAUGGUUACAGGUGCGUCAGGAUUCAAGGAUCAGUUUGCCACGUAGAGGUUAGGAGAUACCUUAGCUAGCAAGUUGGCAAUCUUCAACAAGAUAACAGUUUUCAUAAAAAUGCAUAGGUUACUAUCGUGUUACAAGACUACCUAUGGAUUCCUUUGAAUUUUCUUGUACCAGACCAAGUCUAUUCUGACCCCUGACCCUGACACCAACCUGGUAACCCAUCCUCAACAUGUGUUUUACUAGUUUGUCAAUGUGAACAGCAGUGGCAAGGUGUCAGGCAGUAGGGGUGUGGUCUGACGUGCCCCUGGGGGGUGGGGCGUGGUGGGGUCUGUCCUUUGUUUCAGAGCCGCAGCUGAAGGGCAUCGUGACACGGCUGUUCAGCCAGCAGGGCUUCUACCUGCAGAUGCAGCCGGACGGCUCUAUCGAUGGCAGCAAGGACGAGAACAGCGACUACACCCUGUUUAAUCUAAUUCCUGUGGGUCUGAGGGUGGUGGCCAUCCAAGGGGUGAAGGCCGGCCUCUACAUCGGCAUGAACGGAGAGGGUUUCCUCUACAGCUCAGAAAUGUUCACGCCGGAGUGCAAGUUUAAGGAGUCGGUGUUUGAGAAUUACUACGUGAUCUACUCGUCCACUGUGUACCGGCAGCAGGAGUCCGGUCGGGCCUGGUUCCUGGGCCUCACCAAGGAAGGCCAGGUCAUGAAGGGGAACAGGGUCAAGAAGACCAAGCCCUCAUCACACUUUGUCCCCAGGCCCAUUGAAGUGUGUAUGUACAGGGAGCCGUCGCUGCAUGAGAUCGAGGAGAAACAGCGCUCCAGGAAGAACUCAGGGACUCCCACCAUGAACGGAGGGAAAGCUGUCAACCAGAAUUCCUAGCAGCGGGGCCCCAAGGGUGGGGGGCCACUAGGGUGCCCGGUCCCCCCUCUCUUAAACAGAGGGGGGAGGGGCCACAAACUCCCCUCACCACCAUGCCCUCUGAAGGGAUGGACCGCCACGAGGGGGAGGAGCUACACCCAAGACCACAAAAAAACUCUUGCCUGUGAAAAUCUUUUAGACAAAUAUCAAGAUAAACCCAGAGGAAAAACAAAAAAGCGACUACAAACAUUUUCAAUCGGGACUUGACCUACAUUUUAUGCAAAAAAGAAAAAAAAGCUGUGACAAGACAAGAAAUGGUUCUUCACAAUACAAAUAUCUAUCGUUUCCAAUUUAUGCUGUCAAAAAUUUGCUUUAAACACGUUUGAUUUCCCAUGUGUUGAUUUUAUGAAUGCUAUGACACGCUCACAAGUUUUACUGUCCAUUAAUAAUAAUAUUAUGUAUGUGUUGACUAACUCAUCAUCCCAAUUUUAGUAUCAUUGUUAUUCUGUUUUUCGUUUGAGACUGUAGAAGUUUGAAAAAUAGUUUGUUUUCAUAUUGCGUGACAGUGAAUGCCCUUUUCACUGGUGUGAGGGUAAACAUGUAAUGUAUAUGAGAGCUCACUGUUGGGCUCGGAAGGAACAGGGAUGAGUGGGUGGGAUGGGUUUGGCUCAGGUGAUUGUCCUUUCGGUGAGGAAUACGUUGGGUGGAUCUCAAUACUCUAAUUUGGAGUCUCCUCACACUCUUCGGUAUUACAGGACUAGACAACUAAAAGCAAUACGGAGGGGCUACUACACCAAGCCUCACAGCAGGCAUCUACCACAUUAUGGUGCUUUCGAGUGCUGUCGGAAAUGUGGAAAUACAAGUUCCCGACUCGGAAAUAACCACUUGAACGAUCCUCAAUGUCUGAAACACAAGUGGGAAACAUGGUCCAGAGUUGUGACGUUUCAUCGCUGGCCCUUCACCUUUUCAACCACUAGACAGACGGUAGAAGAAAACCAUUUACAACCUUAACCAUGUGAUUAACGUAGCUUAGUGGAUCCGUACAGUAUAUAGUUUGACACAUUGUCAACGUAAGCAACAUUAGCUAGAUUAGCCAUCUAGCUAGAAUCUCAUUGGUUGAAGAGUUAUUCCAAACUUCAUUAGCACACGAGCGCACUCAUGCCAUAAUUUACAACUUCACCAAUUGGGAAAUACCGAGAUUCUGAGGACCACUCGAACGCACCAUUACUCUCAACAAUCCCGUCCUGGCAACUCAAUGGUCAGGAGGGAAAAGAAACAAGAAAGGAUAGCCUUGAAAUAGCAUCAAUACUCUGGCAACGUGUUUGUAGGCAGGAGGGAAAAAGGUAGAUAGAACUUCAGGUUUGUUUUUGUUAGGUGAACCAGCACUACUAAGGGGAUUUGUCUCUAAUAAGAACUAGCUUGGCCAAUCCUAUGGGAGAAAAUGUAAUAUUCUCUCCAGAAAACAGGGAAACUUGGCUAGCAUCCGCCAAUCAAGGAUUCUUUCAUGAAUACUUGAAACUGGUGUAUUUCACCUCAGCAUGCGCUUUGACAAAGACUUUGUUCAAAGUGAUCAGAGAAUGCUUUUAGUCUGUACAAAGAAAUCAUGGACAUGUCCUUAGGAAGGCAAGUUGUGGCUUGUUUAAGGACAAGACAUAGACACAGUACUGUAUGCAUCAGAGAAGGUUGGAUUGCUGGCAGGUCUUGCAGAUCAGACAAGUAUUCGUCCCAAUACUCUUAAGAAGCUUCCUCUCCUUGUGUCUUGUUGAUGGGUUGUGGCGUAUUCAUUUCAUAGAAGUAGUCUCUUUAUAUCUUUAUAUAUACAAGGUAAAGGAAAAAAAAAAGGAAGUAUUUUAAGAGGAUUUUGGACAAAGCCCCUGGGAAACCCGCUUUCAUUGUUAAUAUUUCACCUACGAUACUGUACUCAAUAACAGCCUACCACAACGGGAUGGAGCCCAGUCAUCCAAAACCCAGGAAAACAAAACAUUUGGACGCCAGAAGGUGCGUUUGCCCUGAGAGUCUGUAAAUAUUUCACUGUUUUGUACUUCCAGGCUGGCAUCCUAAUGGCUUCCAUUGCAGUAGGUUUGGUGAGCCAUUAAAUGAGCCAUUUUCUGCAUUGUGGAAACGAGACCCUGUCAUUUCAUAAAUCAAAUGUAGGAGAACAGCUGUAUAUACAAAGGAGAUAUAUGAAGGUCAAACCAGUUGUUAAGGCAGGGAAGAACCCCCCCCCCCCCAUCACCAAUAUAGACAAAUCACCCGUGGAGGAGCAAUCCACUGAUCCUAUCGUUCGUCUAACUCAGGAAGUCCCACUCCAGUCCGAUGAACGGAGUCCGACAACAAGGCGGGCCACCCUUGCCAAGCGCCCAAUGCACAAAACCUGGCCAAAGGUGUGGUCUUGGGGCAGUUGGGUCGGGGGUGUUGGUGGCAAAGUGGGGGGUCUGGGGGCGGGCAGGCCAGGACAUGAGUUAAGGGAUGUCAGGGUGUCAUGUCAGACACGUCCACUUCUAACUGUGGCAGGUCAUGGCAGGAAGACCAGCACAAGGUAUUGCCUGUAAAAAAUUAUUAUUCACAAAUGUUCCACUGGGGUCUGGAGAGAGCUGGCACAGUUCUGCAGUAGCUGCUUCACUAUAAGUAGUCCACAGGCACAGAUCUAGGAUCAGCUUACUCUCCUUUAGUUCUAACCUUAACCAUUAGGUCAGCGUUUCCCAAACUCAGUCCACGUUUUUUUUCUUCUUUUUUUCCCCCUCUAGGACAACACAGCUGAUUCAAAUAAUCAACUAAUCAUCAAGCUUUGAUAAUUUGAAUCAGCUGUGUAGUGUUAGGGGUAAUAAACCCAACGUGUACCCAGUGGGGGCCACAGGACCGAGUUUGGGAAACACUGCAUGAAGUGGUGGAUAUAUCCUAACUGUAACCAUGAAGUGGUGGAUAUAUCCUAACUGUAACCAUGAAGUGGUGGAUAUAUCCUAACUGUAACCAUGAAGUGGUGGAUAUAUCCUAACUGUAACCAUGAAGUGGUGGAUAUAUCCUAACUGUAACCAUGAAGUGGUGGAUAUAUCCUAACUGUAACCAUGAAGUGGUGGAUAUAUCCUACCUGUAACCAUGAAGUGGUGGAUAUAUCCUAACUGUAACCAUGAAGUGGUGGAUAUAUCCUAACUGUAACCAUGAAGUGGUGGAUAUAUCCUAACUGUAACCAUGAAGUGGUGGAUAUAUCCUAACUGUAACCAUGAAGUGGUGGAUAUAUCCUACCUGUAACCAUGAAGUGGUGGAUAUAUCCUAACUGUAACCAUAAAGUGGUGGGGACGCAAAACGGACCUUAAAUCAGCAUGUAUCAUGUACCUGCAACUUCAUACUACUGGGGGGCGACGAAGCAUUGCAUGAUAAAUGGAUGUACUUUACAGAGAAAGGAGGGGUUGAGGAUAGAGAGUGAGAGUAAAAUAGGUGCAAUAGAAGUGAACAAAGAGGACACUUUUGGGGACAAGAUGAAAAUGCCAGAGGGACUACCCAGGGGCUCAAUACUGUGUAAAGGGAUAUUAUAUUUUGGUUUGGAAAUGAUUUAACCGUCAAUGGAAAACACGCAUUUAUGCAUUAUGAAUUGUGAGAUAAAAAAAAAAUGCAUUGAUAUUUAAAUUCAGAAAUGAAGUUAGUGAUUGUUUAAGAAUAAAAAUACAUUAUCAAAAGCUUUCA